ACAGUUGGGAAGACCAUACGAUUGAAGAACAUUGUCCACGUUCUAAAAGACAUGGCAGAAUCCGAUAACCUAGUAUGAUGUGCAUAUCAACUUCACUUGGGAAGAGUGGACUUUGCUGGAUUCUUCUCAGAAGAAUCUCUACAAAAACGUGAUGCUGGAGACAAAAAAUAAUCUCACUGAUAUAGGAUACAGCUGGGAAGACCAUACUGUUGAAGAAUAUUGUGCAAGUUCUAAAAGACCUGAAAGGCUUGAAAGAAGCCAAACUGGAGAGAAUUCUUCUGUAUAUACACAAUGUGGUAAAGCCUUUGCAUAUAACAAUCAUCUUCAAAGGUAUAAAAGAAUGCAUACUGGAGUGAAACCCUAUGAAUGUAAUCAAUGUGGUAAAGUCUUUGCUCAGCACAAUUAUCUUCAAAGACAUAAAAGAACACAUUCUGGAGAGAAACCUUAUGAAUGUAAUCUGUGUGGUAAAGCCUUUGCUCAGCACAUUCAUCUUCAAACGCAUAAAAGGACACAUACUGGAGAGAAACCCUAUGAAUGUAAUCAGUGUGGUAAAGCCUUUACUGAUCACAGUGCUCUUCAUGUGCAUAAAAGAACACAUACUGGAGAGAAACCAUAUGAAUGUAAUCAGUGUAGUAAAGCCUUUGCUCGUCACAGUCAUCUUCAGAUUCAUAAAAGGAUACAUACUGGAGAGAAACCUUAUGAAUGUAAUCAGUGUGGUAAAGCGAUUUCUCAGCACAGUCACCUUCAAACACAUAAAAGGAUACAUACUGGUGAAAAAUCUUAUGAAUGUAAUCAGUGUGGUAAACGCUUUACUAAUCACAGUGCUCUUCGUGUGCAUAAAAUAACACAUAUUGGAGAGAAACAACUUGAAUAUCAUCAAUGUCGUAAAGCCUUUGCUCAGCAUAUACAUCUUCAAAUACAUAAAAGAGCACACAAUGGGAAGAAAUCCUAUGAAUGUAAUCAGUGUGGUAAAGUCUUUGCUCAGCAGAGUCAUCUUGAAAUGCAUAGAAGGACACAUACUGGAGAAAAACCCUAUGAAUGUAAUCAGUGUGGUAAAGCCUUCACAUGUCACAGUCAUCUUCAAAGACAUAAAAGAAUACAUACUGGAGAGAAACCUUAUGAAUGUAAUCAUUGUGGUAAAGCCUUUGCUCAGCACAGUCAUCUUCAAACGCAUAAAAGGACACAUACUGGAGAGAAACCUUAUGAAUGUAAUCAGUGUGGUAAAGCCUUUAUUGAUCACAAUGCUCUUCGUGUGCAUAAAAGAACACAUACUGGAGAGAAACCUUAUGAAUGUAGUCAAUGUGGUAAAGCCUUUGCUCAGCACUGUCAUCUUAAAGUGCAUAAAAGAACACAUGCUGGAAAGAAACCAUAUGAAUGUAAUCAGUGUGGUAAAGCCUAUACUGAUCACAUUGCUCUUCAUGAGCAUAAAAAAACACAUACUUGAUAGAAACCAUUUGAAUGUUAUCAAUGCCGUGAAGCCUUUGCUCAGCAUAUUCAUCUUCAAAUACAUAAAAGAUCACAUAAUAGGGAGAAACCCUAUGAACGUUUUCCUCAAACACAUAGAAAGACACAUACUGGGGAUAAACCAUUUUCAGGUAAUCACUGUAGUGAAGCUUUUCCAUGUAUCAGGGGACUUUGAAAUCAUUACAAAAAAUCAUUCAGCAGUGAAAUGUAGUCAGUUUGGUUUAAUUUUACACUUCAUACAGGAGUAAAACUUUGUAGGCAAUCAAUCUGAUAAAGCCUUUGCAGGUUACAAUCAUUUUUGUGUACUUGAAAAACAUUAUGAGGGCUUCUCAUUAUCAAGUAUUUGGUGGGAUAUUUAGCCAUCACACUCCCAAUCAGUUACACAACAGUAUUUCUUUUGUAGCAGUAAAUUGACAGUGUCAGCCAUCUGUGUAAGCAUUAUGUCCAUUUUUAUAUUGUUGCUUCAGCACACUCAUAGAAAAAAUGUAUUUAUUAACUUAUGAAGCCAGAUUGAAUAUAAAACUCCCCAUUGGAGUGGAGCAGAGAAGCAAUAUUCUCCUCUGCUUGGAAACUUCCUUGGGGGAGCAAAACAGAAGAAAAAUCUUUUCACUAGUGCUGUAGCAGACUGCUACAUUGUGGAGCAGUUUCCCCCAGAGUUGAUUGAAGCCAAGAAGAAAUGUUUAUCAUUGCUUGGAAAAUCCCUGGUGGUGAAGAGAAGAAGCAAUGGACACUCCUGCCUGUAUCCUCUCUUAGCAGAGUGGAACAAAGCUCAGUUGUAAUGAUUCUCUCUCUGAGAGAAGCAAGAGUACUAAAUCCUGCAUGGAGACCAUGCCCCACUAGAACCCAGCUUCAUUUACAGCCUGAUUUAAUGACAGUCAGGAUACCUCUUUUCCUCAUAGCUGUGGGUUUUCAGGAUACCUUCCCUUCACAGCAGCAUGUGUAGCCUGUCAUUGGACAUGCAGGGUACAUUUUUUCAGAGCCCUAGGUAUCUAGGAUACAUUCUAUCCAAAGAUUCAGGAAUAGCAUGACUUCCCAAAAGUCAUGAUAUCUUUCUCUUCAGAGCUGCAAGUAUCCAGGACAUUUUCCCUUCACAGCUGUAGGUAUAGCCUGACUUAGGACACUUUGGGUACAUUUCCUCCAUAGCUGUAACUCUUGUACAAUAAUCUUAAAUGAUAACGAAUCCCUUUUAGAUUUAUGCUUCCUUUCAAGUGCAUGAAAUAACUAAUUCAGCUGUAAAACUUAUGGAUUUGUAUGAUUUUCUAUUCUACUUGUGUUAUAUCUAGUUCCCCUUAUAAAAGACUUUAAUUUCAUCCUUGGUUACAAAGGGAUACAGUAUCGUCAUGAAAGUUACAUGACAGCUAGAGCAGGCAUCUACGAACUCACAUCCUUAAGCUGCAGCAUGAAGCAGAGUUGGAACUGAUUUUGGAGAUCACUGCAGUGUGGUUUCUAUUUUGAAAUAUUUGAUGUGCAUGCUAAAGUGUGCUAUUUGUGUGGCAAAUCCAUUUAGUGAAGUUUAUUUUGUUUUCCUCAUAUUCGUUCUGUGGCUUUUGUUCAUUUUGUUCUUUUACUUAGUUAAAAUGUAUACAGUGUUAUUUUAACACUGCAAUGUAUACAGUGUUACCCCUAUUAUCUAAGUGGUCCAUUGGUUUUGUUUUUGUUUUUGUUGUUAAUAUCAGGCAGUGUAUGAUCACACUUUUCAAAGAAAGAUUUCUCUGAAGAGGUGGUAGUUUGUUAUUACUGCUGUGUUUUUAUAUUUUCAUAAAUACCCUUAAAAUUUUCUUGCUGUUUAUUCAGGCUGGCUUGGAUAUCAGUAAUGAUGAGGAAUACAUAUGAACUCAUGAUCCUCUUGUGUCUGCCUCCUGAGUAUAAGUCCAAGUGUACGUAAUAUACUCCCAAUAUGUGCUGUUUCCUCAACAUAAUUUAGCAACGUUAAUGUUAAAAUGCUUAGGAGAAGAUAAUAUAAGAAACAUUAAAUACUUCAUGUGUGUAUUCAAAAGAGUGUUUUCUUUUAACUGGUAGAAAUGUUGGUUGUGGGAAUCAAAGCCAGUUCCUGUGGAUGAGCAGCCAGUGUUCCAAGUGCUAAGCCUUAUAUUCAUCCACAUGAUUGCGUCAUUAAUAGCAAUAAGUGUGAUUGGCUGAUCUAGCUUCAUCUUUAUCUCAGCCCUAAUGGCUCAUAAUAACAAUAUGAUUGAUCAUAUCAGAAACUAACUUAGACUUGGUGCUUGUGGAAUUUUACAAACCCACGUCUCCACAAAAUGAGGGAAAAGUACAAAAUAAACGAUCAGGAGAGAAACUGACAAUACAAGUCUUUAAAAGAUGGUUGACUAACCAAAACCACCAGAGUGAAUUUGUCUCCCAGGUGGUAAAUAGGCAUCAAUGGGAGUCCAUAAUCUCACAUGUGAAAUGUACCCCUACUUGUGUUUAUAACUCCUGUGAGGAGAGAAUAGGAACUUGCAGGCAUGAAGUCUGACUUGUCUGAACAGGCUCAUAUUCUACUUCCUUGAUGCCUGCAAAACAUUCAAUUUGGAGCUCUGAAUGGUGGUGACUACAGAAGACAUACGAACUGUGAGGAGAUCCUGAGACUUGAAGUUACUAAAAGACUUAGACAAUAAGGUAUUUAAAGGAGUUUUGGAAAUUGGAAGAAUUUUUAGGGAGGGAUCUUAGGGUUGAAAUCACAAGCAUCAAUUCACGGAGACCUUUCUUCAGUUGUAACUAAGGACAAGCUGCAUUAACUAUAUUCCAUUUCCACUCAGCUGUGGUAGGUCAGCUCACUCCAGUUCUUCCACUCUUUAAUUUUUGGCAACUCAUAUAGCAGUCAGUGAAAGUACCCUGAAGUCCACACUGGGACUGCGUUGCUCCUCAGGCUCUAUCCCAGCAAUUCAUGGUACCUGCCUGACUCACAGGCAUAAGGUUAUUCUAAGUGAUAUUUAUAUCUCUCCCUUUGAGUAACAUCUAGUGGAACAGUAAACUCCGUGAAAUUCUAAUUUCCCUGGGAAUUUCAUUGUGGGAAAAGACUGACUCCUCCAAAUGAGAAUCUCUCUACUAAAGCAACAUUUAUGCCUUAUCUGACUGUCGUGCAACAGUAAAAGAGUCUGAAAUUGGGGGAGGCAUUUAGAGAUGGAAAAACUUUUAAUAUAUGGCUUAGAUAUAUUACUUAGCUGUGCAGAUGUCUUGCCUUCUAUCCAAAACUGUUAGGACCCAAUGAAGGAUUAAUUACUUUAGGUCUUCAUCACUGUUCCAAGUAGUAUCAGGCAGGAAUCUUCUGCCUAGUUUUUCUAUCCAAAACAGCAUGUUCAAUCCUGAAACCAUAACAAACAACAGAAAUGGACUCAGCAGACUUUAUUCAAAUAUUUGCGCAUACUUAACUUGUGAAGGAAGAGGAAAAGUAAUGCAAUAUAUUUUAAAUAAAAUGUUUAAAAAUAAAUGUUAAAUAAAAACAUGGCUAGAGAGUGAGCUUAGCAAUUAAGAGCACUGAGUAUUGUUAAAUUGGACACAGGUUAUACUGAUAGAAACCAUGGUUGCUAACCAUCUCCUGUAACUUUAGUUCCAAGAGAAUUGAUUCACUAUUAUGGCCUCUGCAGGUACUGCACACACCCAAGUAUAGGCAAACACACAUAUACAUGAAAUAAAGCUUAAAAAUGAAAUUCUGUACAGUAAUGUGAUAGCCUUGAGACAGACAACCAUCAUGACUAGCUAAAAAGAUCUUUGUGGUCAUUAAUAGAAGCAAAGGUGGCCUUUCUCUGAGCAAGGUUGCUGAGAAGAAAAGAAAGUCUUAUUCUAGUGAAAUAAUUGCUCAGACUAGCUAUUCAUUUAAGAACAUCAUUUACAGUGUGUAUAGGUGUGUUUCCCAUUUUUUUCAUAUUUGUGUUCUAUGUGGUUUUAUUUGUGAGGAUUGUGGUACUGACAUAUCUUUUAAAUGUAUCUUUUAUAGCAUGCAUUUUAAUCUAUUAUAAUACAUCAUGCAUUGUGAUAUAUUUAUAUCUAAAAGAUAGUUGUUCUCUGUAAAUCUCCAUCAGGUUAAAUGGUUAGAGUUGCAGUCUUCUAUCCCUAUUUAAAUUUUGCAAAGCAUAACCUCAGACCAAAGUAAAGGAGAUUUAAGGAUGACAGCUGUUAAUAUUUAACCAUCUCGACUGGCCUGUUUUGGGUUCUGACAGGAUAUGCCCUCAGCUGCAGCCACUAAGAGGGCCACCUGUGAAUUUUCAUUAUGUUCCCUCUUAAAAGUGCCCUGCCCAUCUCCUAUUUUCCUCUCUCCCUUUCACUCCCUGUGUCUGUUCCUCUCCUCUCUCUCUCUCUCUCUCUCUCUCUCUCUCUCUCUCUCUCUCUCUCUCUCUCUCUCUCUUUCCUCUCUCAUAUUGCUCCUGUCCCUGAAUGCUGGUCUCUCCCCUCCCUUUCCACAAUGUAUGAUCCCUUUUUCUAAUUAAAAAACAUUCUGGUUGAACCACUUCACAAGGAAUCUUUCUUUCAAGCAAUGCUUCUCUUAAAUUACAGCAGCUUAUUGGAAUGCAAAAUCUUUGCCAAAAUGGAUCCUCUUUUAACCUAAACCACCAGUGGAUACAUGCUGUUAAUAAAUCAAUUAGAGCAAAACAAAAUUGCUUUGUGUGGUGUAAAAUACAAAUCAUACAGUGAUUCUCUAAAAAAAUUAAAACUGUGUUAAU